AUGGAAACUACACAUGAACUAUCUUAUCUUCUUCACCCUAGUAUCCCCAUCAAGGAUGAUAUGGCAAUCGCUGAUAUUGGGGCAGGCACGGGGCUCUGGGCUAUCGAGGUAGCCGUGCAACUUCCCUCGGCUCAAAUUAUUGCAUACGAUAUCUCCGACACUCACUUCCCUCUCCCGGAAUACCGCGCACCCAAUGUCACAUUCAAUCAUCUGGACUUUCUCGGCGAUAUUCCCUCGUCUCUGGUGGGCCAAUUCGAUGUGGUUCAUCUGCGUACAUGGGCAUUCAUAAUUCGUGAUAACGACCCUAGCUACCUCAUCCAGAAUGCAUCCAAGUUGCUUAAGCCUGAUGGAUAUAUUCAGUGGGAAGAUGCUCGAUUCGACAAUGCUGUGGUCAAAGGCGAUGCCGCCCUCCAGCUUCGGAGGAUGAUGCGUCAAAUGAGUGAUGCCACAAACCUCAAUUUCCAGUGGGUCGAUCAACUUGAUCAGCAUAUCAACCGAGAAGCCUAUUUAGAGGUUGUCGAGUGCCAGUACAAGCCGUGGUCAAGCCAGCUGAUCCCGCUUUGUAUGAAUACUUUCUUCGUGGCUCUGGAGAAUACUGCUGCCCUUCUCGAUCGUCUGAAACUGGUCCAGCCUCCUGUCCCAAGCUCAGAUGAUUGGAUUAAAGCUCUGGAAAAUGUGCAGAAAGAAAGCCGUAAUGGCGAGCAGCUUUAUUGGCUCCCGGUUACCCUGCUAGCUAGGAAGGAUGCUUGA